AGCACCACGAUUUUCAUGCUGGUUGGUCUGGCUACAUCACCCCACCUAGAAUCCUGGCCCCAAAGUUACCAUGACUCAAACUCCCAGUCUUGUCAAGAUGGAACCUCUCGUUUUCCAGCUUGCCUCGGCGGCAGCCGCAAUAGCAUCAUGUCCCACAGGAAAUUUUCUGCUCCCAGGCAUGGGUCUCUGGGCUUCCUGCCCCGAAAGCGAAGCAGCAGGCACUGGGGAAAGGUGAAGAGCUUCCCCAAAGAUGACCCCAGCAAGCCCAUCCACCUGACAGCUUUUCUGGGCUAUAAGGCAGGCAUGACCCACAUCGUGCGAGAGGUGGACAGGCCCAGCUCAAAGGUCAACAAGAAGGAAGUGGUCGAGGCCGUCACCAUUGUGGAGAUGCCCCCCAUGGUCAUUGUAGGCAUCGUGGGUUAUGUUCAGACCCCUCAAGGUCUCCAGAGCUUCAAAACCAUCUUUGUUGAGCACAUCAGUGAUGAGUGUAAGAGGCGAUUCUACAAGAACUGGCAUAAGUCCAAGAAGAAGGCCUUCACCAAGUACUGCAAGAAGUGGCAAGAUGAUGAUGGCAAGAAGCAGUUGGAGAAAGACUUUAACAGCAUGAAGAAGUACUGUCAGGUUAUCCGAGUCAUUGCCCACACCCAGAUGCGCCUGCUCCCUCUGAGGCAGAAGAAGUCUCACCUGAUGGAGAUCCAGGUGAAUGGUGGCAGUGUGGCUGAGAAACUGGACUGGGCCCGGGAGAAGCUGGAGCAGCAGGUACCAGUGUCCACUGUGUUUGGACAAGAUGAAAUGAUUGACGUCAUUGGAGUGACCAAGGGCAAAGGUUACAAAGGUGUCACCAGCCGCUGGCACACAAAGAAACUGCCCCGGAAAACUCACCGAGGCCUGCGUAAGGUGGUGUGUAUUGGUGCUUGGCAUCCUGCCCGUGUGGCCUUCUCUGUGGCUCGUGCUGGUCAGAAGGCCUACCACCAUCGCACGGAGAUCAACAAAAAGAUUUACAAGAUUGGCCAGGGUUACCAGAUCAAGGAUGGCAAGCUGAUCAAAAACAAUGCGUCCACUGAUUACGAUCUGUCUGACAAGAGUAUCAACCCUCUGGGAGGCUUUGUCCAUUAUGGUGAGGUGACCAAUGACUUUAUCAUGCUGAAAGGUUGUGUUGUUGGGACCAAGAAGCGGGUCCUCACCCUGCGUAAGUCUCUGCUGGUACAGACCAAACGCCAGGCCCUGGAGAAGAUAGACUUGAAGUUUAUUGACACCACCUCCAAGUUUGGCCACGGCCGCUUCCAGACUGUGGAGGAGAAGAAAGCUUUUAUGGGACCACUCAAAAAGGACCGAGUUGCAAAAGAGGAAGCUGCCUAAUGUUUCCAGGCCAACUUGGAGCUGGUGGGUUCUCAAUAAAUGGAGGUUAUUUUCAAAAAAAAAAAAAAAA